AGAAUUAGUUGAAGAAUGACCUCCAGUGGCUUGGAGUGGGAUUAUUAUGAAUUUCAACCUGUGGAAACCAGUUCUUUAGAUUAUGCAACUCCAGGAGCAAAUUCUCCCUUGCUUCUUGCCAAUCCUGUCAACUCUCAUUGGAACGCCAAUGCCAUCUCUGAUUGGUCAAUGAGCAGUCACAUAGCCCCCGCCUCAGAAAUAGUCCAGGAUGCUGGGGACCAGACUGCCUUGCACCGGGCCACGGUGGUGGGGAACACGGAGAUCAUCUCCGCACUCAUCCAUGAGGGGUGUGCCCUGGACAGACAAGACAAGGAUGGGAAUACAGCCUUGCAUGAAGCAUCCUGGCACGGUUUCAGCCAGUCAGCCAAGCUGCUCGUUAAAGCAGGAGCCAACGUACUUGCCAAGAACAAGGCGGGGAACACGGCUCUGCACCUGGCCUGCCAGAACAGCCACUCCCAGAGCACACGCGUCCUCCUGUUGGCCGGGUCCCGCGCUGACCUCAAAAAUAACGCAGGAGACACCUGUUUGCACGUUGCUGCGCGCUAUAAUCACUUGUCCAUCAUUAGGCUCCUCCUCAGUGCUUUCUGUUCUGUCCAUGAAAAGAACCAGGCUGGAGACACAGCACUUCACGUUGCUGCUGCCCUAAAUCACAAGAAAGUGGCCAAAAUCUUACUGGAAGCCGGAGCAGAUACGACCAUUGUUAACAAUGCAGGCCAGACUCCGCUGGAGACUGCCCGCUACCACAAUAACCCGGAAGUUGCUCUUCUCCUCACCAAAGCUCCCCAGGGCAGUGUCUCAGCAGGAGACACCCCCAGCAGUGAACAAGCUGUGCCCAGAAAAGAAGAAGGCAAAGAAGAGUUCCUGUCAGCCUCCCCAGAACCCAGAGCAAAGGAUGACAAGAGGAAAAAGUCGAGGCCCAAGGUGUCAGCAUUUUCUGAUCCCACCCCACCAGCUGACCAACAGCCUGGACAUCAGAAGAACCUGCAUACUCAUAAUCACCCUAAAAAGAGGAACAGACAUCGGUGUUCAUCCCCGCCCCCACCCCAUGAGUUCAGGGCAUACCAGCUGUACACAUUGUACAGGGGCAAGGACGGGAAAGUGAUGCAGGCACCAAUAAAUGGUUGUCGAUGUGAACCUCUUAUCAACAAGCUGGAGAAUCAGUUGGAGGCUACUGUGGAGGAGAUAAAAGCAGAGCUGGGAUCGGUUCAGGACAAAAUGAAUAUGAAGCUGGGGCAGAUGGAGAAUAAGACCCAGCACCAAAUGCGUGUUUUGGACAAGCUGAUGGUUGAGAGACUCUCUGCAGAGAGGACAGAGUGCCUGAACCGCCUGCAACAGCACUCAGACACACAGAAGCAUGAGGGGGAGAAACGACAGAUAUCCUUGGUGGAUGAAUUAAAAACCUGGUGCAUGUUAAAGAUUCAGAAUCUGGAGAUGAAGCUUUCUGGAGAUUCUAGGGCCUCCAGAGCUAAAUCCACACCAUCAACUUGCGAGUCCUCUACAGGUGUGGAUCAGUCAGUGGUGACUGCAGGUCCAGCAGCAACUUCUGACAGCUCCCCUCCAGUGGUUAGGCCCAAGGAAAAGGCCCUCAACUCCACUGCUGCCCAGAGACUCCAGCAGGAGCUGUCGUCUUCUGACUGCACAGGCUCCCGAUUGAGGAAUGUCAAGGUCCAGACAGCCUUGCUACCCCUGAAUGAGGCAGGCAGAUCUGAUCAGCAGGCUGGGCCCUGCGUCAACAGAGGCACUCAAACUAAGAAGUCUGGGAAGAGUGGGCUGACAAGGCAUCGCACCCAGCAACCUGCAGCCAGCAGCACCUGUGGGCAGCUGCCACCAGCGGGAGGCGAGCAGACUGGCCCUCACAUUCGGGACACCUCCCAAGCUCUGGAGCUUACCCAGUAUUUUUUUGAGGCUGUUUCUACCCAGAUGGAAAAGUGGUAUGAAAGGAAGAUUGAAGAAGCACGAAGCCAAGCAAAUCAGAAAGCCCAGCAAGACAAGGCUACUUUGAAGGAACACAUUAAAAGUUUAGAAGAGGAACUUGCUAAACUAAGGACUAGGGUGCAGAAGGAAAAUUAGUACCAAUAAAGUGGAAACAAGAAAGGAUUCUUGAAGAUUUCCAGUUUUGCAACUGCUUAGUAGUUAUGCCCAAGGCGUCAACUAUUGUAUAUAUUGCAGAUUUGCCUUUUUAAAAAAAUCACUAAUUUCUACAGUGUGCCAGAUACAUGUUUCCUAUGCCCGGAAGUUAUGAAGGCCUCAACAAUUAAACUGAAACCAGGGGAAGCUUGCUUAGUUUUGGGUUUAAGCCUCAGUCCAGGUUCAUCUGAAGUUUGAAAGCUCAGAUUAAGCAAGCCAUGCCAAGAAACCAAAUGAUGUGUAAGCCUAGACUCUAAAAUUCAAGAUGUGUGAAAUAAUAUAAGUCAAAAGCAAGAAAAACUUAAUCCCAUCUGAACUCCAGUAGUCAUUCAUAUAAAUUUGAACACACCUGCUGUGCCUAGACAAGUGUCUUUCUCUAAGAGAGCUGUAACUCUGAGAUGUGCUAAGUAAACCCUCCUUCUCAAAUUCAUAAUUCUCAAAAUGUUGACUAUUAACCACAUGAAAAGUUACCAGAUUUUUGAGGAGAAAUGUUUUCAUGAUGUCACAAGAUCUAAUAUAUCUUAUGAUAAAAUUUAUUGAAAAGUCAGUUAAUUUAGAUAAUGAAUAAUUAGCUAACAGCUCCGAAAACAAUGAGAUCAAACAAGAAAGAUUCAAAUUGAUCAUUUCUGUAUUUUCAGUCAAAAAACCAAUUAUAGUGAUUUUAAAGCAAAUUAAUGGAAGAAACAUUCACGUAACAAUUACCUGAAAAUUUGUAACCUAUUCCUAAUCAAACCCGAUUAUAUCAGAGUACCUUUCUGAAUUUGAGAUUAUUGCUCUACAUUUUAUAAAGAAUAAAGCUAUUUUUUUGAAAGUAUUUCAUUUUGAAUUAAACUGUCGUUAAAGAACCUCAGAACCUUUCUACUGCUUUGCGGUGACUAUGUCAAGGCAACAUACUCCAUAACAACUUAGGCCUCACUGUUCCCCAGCUUCAUGGAGGCCUGAAGACUUGAUUUUGCUUCCUAAUGAAAUAUAAGCGCAGAAACAAAGUUGUAAAAGUAGCUUGGAUAUGUUGAAACUUUGGACCACUUCUUGUCCUUUGGAAUGUGGGAUUUAUAUUCAUCUCCUCAAUAUCCCAUGUAUGCAUAGAAACUUCAGUUCUAUUUCUAUAAACACAGGAACCUAGUGACUAUGGAACGUAAUUGUGAAUAAAAUGCUGCUCAUUGAGCCAAAGAGAAAAAAUGACUUACUGACAUGGAGACACCAAGAAAAACAAAGUAUUCUUUUAUUUCCUUUGUCAAGCUCACAGUUUUGGGGAUUUUUCAGUAGUGACAAUCCAUAGAUAUAGACAUUCCUAAAAGAAAAAAAAAAAGUAAUUCAGUAGAUAUGUCACUGUUAUAGAACCAAUAUGGAAUAAAUUUGAUGUUUUUGUUUGAUUUUGUUGAGACAGGGCCUUGCUCUGUCGCCCGGACUGGAGUGCAGUGGCAUGAUCACAGCUCACUGCAACCUUGGCCUCCCAGGCUCAAGCGAUCCUCCUGCCUCAACCUCCCAAGUAGCUGGAACUACAGGCGUGCACCACCAUUCCCGGCUAAUUUUUUGUAGAUAUGGGGUCUCACUAUAUUGCCGAGGCUGAAUUUGAUGUUAUUUCAAGCUGAUUUUCAUGUGCUUUUGAGCUUGUCUUAUUUCUCAACCACUAUGCAGGUAGACAGUCUUCCCCCAGAGACUCACUAGAUUGCAGUAUAGAGGCACUUCCUCAUUUCCCAGUUGUUCCUAAUACAGAAUUGUAGAGCUGGAGAGUACCUUCAGUUUUCUAAAUCUGUUCCUAAACAGGAUAUCACUAACCUCUUUAGAAUUAUUCCUCAAUAUACAUCAGUUUAUUGAGAACUGCCUAAUACUCAAAGAAAUGAAAUCCUGAGUUCAGUAAGCUGUGUUCCAAGCAGGAAUUAUUUUCACUUACAAAAAUAUCUCCUAUUACCUCAAGGUAUCCUUGUUGAGAAAUGCCGAAAACUAAAUUAAGUAUCAAGUCUAGACCAUAGAGUGCUUUGGUGGGAGUAUUUUGAUUAUAUACCUCCUACCCAUCAGAAGCAGGCAGCUAAUAUUGUGAACUGAGUAUUUUUGUCAAAAGUCACAGAGAAGAGACCAGAGAAUGAGAAAGGUCAAAUGGACCUAGUGUGGCUGACUACAAGAUCUUUUCUCUUGGAAGUCUGUCAUAGAAUAGAAAACACACAGAGGUGAAGAAACAGAAUAGGCUCAGUCAGCAUCCUUACCCAGAGAUGACGGUAUCUCUAUUAAGACCAAUGCAAUACCUUUUCAUCUUCAACAAAUGUUGUUUCAUCUGUUUUUGAUCCUUGGCAUUGUCAAAAACUUAACUGCAGGUCCAGUGUAUAUUUUUCCUUAUUUUUCCCUUUUAGCUAUCUGCUAAAAUGAGUAAAUGCCACAACUGUACUUUUCCAAAGAAACAGAACUAUUGACAAUGUAUAGCUUGUCAUGCAGGUCAUGGUUCAAACCGAGGCUGAAACUUUCAACAGCUGUGGAAAAAAAAAAUAAUGUGAAACACAGCAACAUUGUACAAUAUUAGUGUUUUUUUUAAAGAAAUUGUUAGUGCAUUAUUGUAUUGAGUAUACUAAAUAUGUGUAAUAGAGUAAAUAUAUUAGUUCUAAUCUUACUUUUGAUUUUGAGAGCCCAAAAUAGUGUUGUUUUCAUGGUUA